AUGCUGCAGUGCCUGGAACCCAAUGGCAUUGCCACUAUACCCGCGUUGGCACUACAGGAGAGCGAGAACGUCACGGAAAUUUACAUCGAAAAUCAAGCCGACCUGGAGAACAUUACAGAAGUAGACCUUGCCAAUUAUAGAGAGUUGAAGAAUCUCACGGUCACGUUCUGCAGGCUGGCGUACAUCUCGGCGAAUGCUUUCGCACACAACCUCAAGCUCCAAUAUGUAAACCUGGCAUCUAACUCCCUGGAGCAUAUCAGUUGGAAGGUGUUCCAUUUUCUUCCCCUGCUCAACCUGGUUUUGAGGGACAACCCCCUUGAAUGCUCCUGUGAUAUCCAUUGGCUGCAGCAAUGGCAGCUUAACGACCACAGUGACCUCGACAACCAACCGCUACAAUGCUUCUCAAAUGGCCAUGCCCUACAGUUAGACUCCGUAGAGAUGGAGAAUUGCACUGUACCAGAUGUCGCCAUUGUCCAUGCCAACACCAAGGUCCAGGAGGGAGGCAACCUGACAUUUGUGUGUCAGGUGACAGGAGUGCCCAUGCCUGUAGUGAGGUGGCGCACGAAUAAACUGCUGUCUCGUUAUACUGUACAGGAGAGGUUCUGGGGCUCCACUUUGGAGCUGGAGUUGCAGCUGUGGAAUAUGUCCUCAGAAGACAACCUGCACAACUUGACCUGUGAGGCAGAGAACCGGGCCGGGCCUGGGGAAGAGAAAGUGACGUUGGACAUUGAAUUUCCAGCCAAAAUCAUAUUCCUGCACAACGCCGAGCAACAGCACCACUGGUGUUUCCCCUUUAAGGUGGACGGGAACCCUGAGCCAUCCAUCCGCUGGCUUUUCAACGGCUCCAACCUGACCGAGGGCCGUUACACCUACACACAGUUCAUUCCCGACUCGGACGACGGCUCUGUGAAGCACGGUUGUCUAUUCCUCAACAAGCCCACCCACCUGAACAACGGCCUCUACACCAUCAUCGUGGGGAACAGACUGGGCGUGGACCAAGCCACGGCCACGGGGAUGUUCAUGGACAACCCCUUUGACCCCUUUGAUCCUGAGGGCAUCAUCCCAGUCCUUGAAGAAAGUGAUCCACUUCCCACCAACAAAUCUAACGAGGAUGUCACUGAGAACACGGAGAGCAGAGUGUUUGGGGUGUCAGUGGCAGUGGGUUUGGCUGUGUUUGCUUGCGCCUUCCUCCUUAUGAUGGUACUGGUCAUCAACAAGUGCGGCCAGCAGUCCAAGUUUGGUAUUCACCGUUCAUCUGUCUUGGGAACAGAGGAUGAUCUUGCCGUGUCACUGCGUUUCAUGAACUUUGGGACCAGCCCUCCUUCCUCUGACGACUCUGGCAUGUCCAGCUUUGUGGAGAACCCCCAGUACUUCUGUGGCAUCUUCAAAGACAAAGACAUGUGUGUGCAACACAUCAAAAGACAGGAUGUAGUUCUGAAGUGGGAAUUGGGUGAGGGAGCGUUUGGCAAAGUCUACCUGGCAGAGUGUGCCAACCUCAGUCCGGACAGUGACAAAAUGCUGGUGGCCAUCAAGACUCUGAAGGAUGCCAAUGAGUCGACCCGGCAGGACUUCCAGAGAGAGGCUGAGCUGCUCACAGUGCUCCAGCACCAGAACAUUGUUCGCUUCUAUGGAGUGUGUACAGACGGAGAGCCACUGGCGAUGGUGUUUGAAUACAUGAGACAUGGAGACCUCAACCGCUUCCUCAGGGCGCACGGUCCAGAUGCCCAUAUCCUGGAGGAGGUGAAGAUGCCCCCGUUGGGCCAGCUCACUCUUCCCCAGAUGCUGCACAUCGCCGCCCAGAUCGCUUCGGGCAUGGUCUACCUGGCCUCCCUUCACUUCGUGCACCGAGACCUGGCCACACGCAACUGCCUGGUGGGAGAUAUGGGAGAGGGUCUAAUGGUCAAGAUAGGAGACUUUGGCAUGUCCCGGGACAUCUACAGCACAGACUACUACAGGGUGGGUGGGCGUACGAUGCUUCCUAUUCGCUGGAUGCCUCCGGAGAGCAUCAUGUACCGGAAGUUCACCACGGAGAGUGAUAUCUGGAGCUUUGGAGUGGUCCUCUGGGAGAUCUUCACCUAUGGGAAACAGCCCUGGUACCAGCUCUCCAACAGUGAGGCUAUCGAGUGCAUUACACAGGGCCGCGAGCUGGAGAGACCACGCACUUGCCCCAAAGAGGUGCACGGCCUGAUGCAGGGCUGCUGGCAAAGGGAGCCCCAGCAGAGGCUGGUCAUCAAGGACAUCCACAGCCGCCUCCUUGCCCUUGUCAAGAGCCCCCCUAUCUACCUGGACAUCCUGGGGUAGAGGUUGGGAGGUCUGGGGCUGGGCCAGUGUCCAGGCAAGGG